AACACGGCCAAAGGAAGGAUGGAAAGGACCCCGGAGCGAUAACAGUAAAUCAAACAAGAUCUUCGUUGGUGGAAUUCCUCACAACUGUGGUGAGACAGAGCUCAGGGAAUACUUCAAGAAAUUUGGAGUGGUCACCGAGGUGGUUAUGAUCUAUGAUGCAGAAAAGCAGAGGCCUCGAGGUGGAAGUUAAACGGGCCGAGCCUCGGGACAGCAAAAGCCAAGCGCCCGGACAGCCAGGUGCCAGCCAGUGGGGGAGCCGUGUCGUGCCCAAUGCCGCGAACGGCUGGGCAGGCCAGCCCCCGCCCACGUGGCAACAAGGAUACGGCCCGCAAGGAAUGUGGGUGCCAGCAGGACAGGCAAUUGGUGGCUAUGGACCACCCCCUGCGGGAAGAGGAGCCCCCCCACCGCCCCCUCCGUUCACCUCCUACAUCGUGUCCACCCCUCCUGGCGGCUUCCCCCCUCCUCAGGGCUUCCCACAAGGCUAUGGUGCCCCACCACAGUUCAGUUUUGGCUAUGGGCCUCCACCUCCACCACCGGAUCAGUUUGCCCCUCCUGGGGUCCCUCCUCCUCCUGCCACUCCUGGGGCAGCUCCACUGGCUUUCCCACCACCUCCAUCUCAGGCCGCCCCAGACAUGAGCAAACCUCCAGCAGCCCAGCCAGACUUCCCCUACAGUCAGUAUGCAGGUUACGGGCAGGACUUGAGCGGCUUUGGACAGGGCUUCUCCGACCCCAGCCAGCAGCCCCCUUCCUACGGGGGCCCCUCAGUGCCAGUCGGGGGCAGUGGCUUUGGGCGAGGUCAGAACCACAACGUGCAAGGAUUCCACCCCUACCGACGCUAACCGCAGCGCCACACAACCCGCCCCGGCCGAGACCAGGAUUGGAGACUCGUGGACUGUGACAAUCACAACCUGGGGGGGAGGGGGGAGGGCAGAGGCUUCGGAGCUGGCUGUGGGUGACUGGACUGAAGUUUUUAAAUAUAUUUCUUUC